AUGAGAAGGCUGCAGGUCUGGAGGGAGCUUAGCAGUUCUUGGUGGGAGGGAAGCUCCAAGCAAAAUUUCAGGAACAUGAUUGAAGAGAACAGGAACAGCAGUGACUCCUCUGCCUUCACUCACACCAACACCACGAGUGCCAUCCUGAUUGCUGCCUACUCAGUUGCCUUUGCUGGGGGUGGAAUUGGGUCCAUCACAAUGUCAUUCGUGCUGGUCAAGAUGAACACUCUGUCUGUGACCACCACAGCCAUCAUUAACCUGGUCAUCGUGCACAGCAUCCUCCUCUUCACGGUGCCCUUCCGCCUGCACUACUACGUCAACAAGAAGUGGGUAUUCAAGAUGACACUUUGCAAAGUAGUGAGUGCAAUGGUGCACAUCCACAUGUACCUGACCUUCCUGUUCUAUGUGAUCACGCUGGUGAUCCGGUGGCUCAUCUUCUUCCAAUGGAAGGACAAGGUGGAGUUUUACAGGAAGCUGCACGCCAUUGCGGCGAGUGCUGCCGUGUGGGUCUUUGUCAUGGUUUUCGUGGUGCCGGUCCUGUGCUUUGAGUACGGACGCUCAGGCUCAUACAAUGAAACAAUAUGCUUCAAGUUCCACAGAGAGCUACAGCAGGGGAGCGUGAAGGCCCUCAACUACGCCAUUAUCGUAACUGUCGCUUGCAUCACCUGCAUCCUCUUGGCUUUGCAGAUUUUCAUCCUGGUAAAAGUGUCGAGAAGACUUUCCACCUCCCUCUGGUCACACCAAGAGUUCUGGGCCCAAGUCAAAAACCUGAUUUUCAUCUGCGUCAUCAUCAUCUGCUUCCUCCCCUAUCACCUCUUCAGGGCCUACUACAUACAGCACAUGAGUGAUUUUGACCAGUUAGAAAGCUACAAUGAAGUUUUCCUGAGCCUGACUGCCCUCAGCUGCCUGGACCUGCUCUUCUUCGUGCUGAGUGGAAGCCGCCUCUUCAAGCAAAAGGUGGUCAUGCUCCUCAGCAGGCUGCCUUGCUGCUAGCAUCCACCUCCUGCAGGGAGCCUGGUGUUUGACAGGCACGGCAAACCCCUCCUGACCGUGUCAGGUUGGGCCCUGGAAACAGAGCAACACGCUCAUGAAGGGCUCUAUGCACUUGCCUCCUGAAAUCAUGGGGUGAACUGCCUCUAGUGCCUUAGCUGGAAGGUUACCUCUGGGAUGUCCUCAUGGUGCUACCUGGUCAGUUGUGGAUGCUCCUGGAGGAGAGGGAGGAAAGGGCAUGGGCUCUUCUGUUGUAAUGCUUUUACAUCCAGGUUUGCAAAGUCAAAGGCACUAGGAGGAGACUGAAGAAGAUCUGCAAAGUAUGUAGAAACACAAAUAGAAAGGCAAGGGUUUAUGGAAUAAAGUGCAGUUCUUGAAACAUAAAGAUCGAUAUCAUUUUCCAUAUAUAUUUUUCUUCUUUAUUCUCCUCAAGCUCUCAUAAAAUACCAGGGAAGGUGCUAUUCCUCCUGAGCAAGUCUCUUCCUUCGCUGUACAGGCAAGCGUAACUUUCUAAGUGAAUUAUUUAAAAGAAACCAGCAAUAAACAGUAAAUUCUUAAAAUAUUUCCUCAAAAUCACC